AUGUCUCGAAGCAAACCACUGGCUUAUCAGUCUUCCAAAGCAGUCCUAGAGUAUAUCAGUUUUGGAAAGAGGAAGCAUCUCUAUGCCAUGUGCCCAGCAAUCAGAAAAAUGGAAGAAAAUGUGCCCUAUCAUCUCGAAUUAGUUAAUCUUAAAUUAGUCCCGCUGUCUAUGACGCGAGACGUUUCAAUCAUGACUAUUGAUUCUUUUGAAUUUUCAUUUUUGGAGUAUGAAGGAAAUAAGAUGUUUAUAGAUAACCUUUCGACGGAGAAACGUGUCGAUCAGCUUACCAGUUUGAGACCCGAGCAGGCAGCGGAGAAGUUUUUAUUGUAUAAUUUGAGCAGAGAGGGGACACGCAUUAAAACAGUUGACUUGAUUGACGGACCAGAGUUUAUUUCUGAAUGCAUUCCAAUUGCUAUCAAAAAGUUGAAUGUAAACAGAACCGCUGCAUGGUUCCCAACAAAUAUUCCAAUUGAAAAUGUGGAAGUAGAUACUACAUCAUUAUUUUGGUUGAAAAUAGCGAAACACGUAACAGUGAGAAUUCCGGGACCUUUCGCAGGCAGAAUCCACACAGAAAUAGUAUCUGAAUGGAAUUGUGAAUCCAUCCGAAUUGAGUCAUCGAUGUGGAGUGAAGAGAUUGCUGACUACUCUAACAAAGUAUCGCAAAGAACCGAUAGACUAAUUGGAAGUAGAUUAAUAGCAAGGCACAGUUCACCAGUGCAACGCCUGAUUGAUAUUCUUCAUUCAAAAAUGAAUGCCAGAAGGACAAUAUUGAAUGGCAGAACAUGUGCAACAAUUUCAAUCGACGAGUCGACAGAGUUGAACGUUUACGGUUCUACGUUCUUUGAUCUCGAUGUGAUUGUGGAAGUCUGUGCGAGAGGAUCUGCAAUCGAUCAAGUUCUUUGA